UUUGAGAAGCUUAGAAAUGCAGUGCGCUUCCACAGCUACAUUCUCCCCAUCGCUUCAACUGACCUCCUCCUCCUAUCCGCCUAUCUUCAGGAAGAAGUCAGCACUGUGCCCAUCCACAGAACCCAAACCACCAAUCUUAGCUUUCAACAUCGGAGUGCAGGAAGUAGCAGAACUUGCACACAACAAGGUUUUGGUAGCAUCAACGAUAUCAUGCCUCGUCGGUCAAAUCUCAAAACCAUUUACUUCUGCUAUUAAUGGAAAAGGAAUCGAUUUAAAGGCAGCUGUUCGAUCUGGUGGCAUGCCGUCCACUCAUUCUGCUGCUGUAGCUGCCGCUGCUACGAGCAUUGCUUUAGAGAGGGGUUUCUAUGAUUCAAUUUUUGGCCUUUCUGUGGUUUUUGCUUCUGUUGUAAUGUAUGAUGCUCAGGGAGUUCGAAGAGAAGUGGGCAAUCAAGCAAAGAUUCUGAACAAGUUACAGAUGGACUCUGAUUUGGAUUCAAAACCUGCAGGAUCCUCAAUAAAUUCCAAAGAAAUCUCCCCUCUUUUCUCUGUCUCAGAGAAUCCAGAUCCCCGCAUUGGAAAGUUAGAUCCUUAUCAACCAAACAGCACUGGAGUUGCAGCAACUAAAUUGAGCACACUGCCUGAUUUAGAAGUUGAUGUCAAAGAACCAUCACAGAAAUCCUACAGCAGUUUUAAGCUGUUGAAUGAAUCAGUGGGACACAAUGGGAUUCAGGUUCUAGUUGGCGCCUUCUUGGGUUUUAUUGUAAGCUUAGUUGUUGAGGCGAUUCUCUAACAUUCAUUUUAUGUAUGCAAUAUAUACAUUUUAAAGCUGUUGAUACUUGUCGCUGUUUCUUUUCUCCAAUAUAUUUGAUGAAAGCAUUGAAGACUUGCAUGAAGGGAAAUUAAAAU